AAAGGAAUUUGAGGAAGAUGACAUCGAGGAAAGCAUUCGUAGUGCUCUGAUAAGCGGUUCUUUUAACGUGGAACAGUUGAAUGGUAAUAUGGCAAGCCUGAUGAAUUUACUGAAAGGCAACAUUGGCACGGGAAUCCUAUCCAUACCCCUUGCUAUCAAACAUGCCGGAUUGCUAGUAGGAAUGGUUGGCAUGAUCGUUCUUGGCAUCAUCUCUGUCCACUGCAUGCAUCUGCUGUUGAUCUGUUCUCGCGAGUUUGGUGACAGAACACACCGCCGUCACCUUGAAUAUAAUGAUGUGAUUGAGCUGGCUUUUGAAGACGGGCCGAAAAUUUUCCAGAAGUUUUCCAAUGCUGCAAGAUUCGCUGUAAACUUAUUCAUCAUCGUAACGCAGUUAGGCUUCUGUUGUGUGUAUAUAGUUUUCAUUGCAGCCAAUAUUAAGCAGGUGGUUGACGUUUAUAUCAACCCAAGUUUUCCGUUACGAAUUUACGAGCUGUUUGUAUGCAUUUUAUUGGUACUAGUCGUAUUCAUCAAGCACCUCAAAUGGCUGGCCUAUUGCGCUCUUUUUGCCAACUUGCUGACGGUUGCGGGACUUCUCAUCAUUCUACAGUAUACGUUCCGUUCUCUGCAGCCAGUCAGCACUUUUCCUCUGUUCUCAGAUAUGGAAAGUUUGCCGUUGUUCUUUGGCACUGCAAUGUACUCAUUCGAAGGAAUAAGCUUGGUUUUACCUAUUAAAAACAAGAUGAAAGAACCGGAUGCCUUCUCCGGCUGGGCCGGCGUGUUAAACCUAGGAAUGGUUAUAGUGAUAGUUCUGUUCUUGGCAAUCGGCUUCUAUGGCUAUUUAUGUUUUGGAGAUAACGUAGCAGGAAGCAUAACUCUAAAUUUACCAACUAACGACUGGUUGUAUCUUUCAGUGAAACUAAUGUUUUGUCUAGCUCUUGUGAUAACAUAUGGACUACAGUUCUAUGUACCCGUACUUAUUAUCUGGCCAUUCUUCAAGAACCGUAUUCGCGGCAAUGGAUAUUGUGAGUGGUUUGCAGAAUCGCUCUUCAGAAUAUUCCUGGUGCUUUUUACGCUUGCUAUGGCAGAGCUGAUUCCGCAUCUAGGUCUCUUCAUCUCAUUGGUCGGAGCUCUGAGUAGCAGUGCACUGGCAUUAAUAUUUCCACCAAUCAUCCAUACUCUUACUUUCUGGCCGGACAAUCUGGGCGUGUGUAAAUGGCACUUUAUCAAGAACGUCUUAAUAUUUCUCCUUGGAAUUUUAGGCUUUGGGAUAGGAAGCUAUGUCUCAUUGUCUCAGAUCGUUUAUUGUUUUACUUAUCCAAAGGCCGCUACAUGUGAAGGUACUUAAGGUAUUUAUAACUGAUCCAAAAAGACUGAAGCAAAAAAAAAAAAAAUAAUAAUCACCCCAUCAUUACAGUUAUAGAAUGCAGUUCUUUUUCAAAUUCAGUACAUCAUAAAAGGCUCCAACAUGAAACGGGAAACAAAGAUGUCGACAGAUGAAAAUAGAAAUGGAGAGUAUACCUUUCAUUAAUCGUUCAAAAAAUUCCAGGUGUGGCAAAAUUCAGUGAAAAAUGGUUCUGCAAAGUAGGAUUCUUACGGAUAUUUAUUAUUUGCAAUAUUUCAUUGAAUUACAUUGAAUUAUUAAGCCUUAAACGACUUCGAAAUUGUCGAUGUCAAUUGGAAUUUUG